AUGAGCUUUUUCACGAGAAGAAAUGAUGGUUUUCAAAAAUUAUCGACAAAAGAAUCCAGCACAAUUUUUCAACGAAGAAGAUCCCGGCAAACUGCAUCUUGUACCAAUAUAACAGGGGUUGAUACAAAUAUCGAAAAAAUCCGCGCGAUCGAAAACUUCAAUGCAAAUAGUCUUGCCCUGCCUCACACCCCGAAAAACCUGCGGCAGAAAUUCGAGUUUGAGCAAAAGUCAUUUUUUGAAGAUUUCUUUGAAAAGUAUCAAAUCGAGGAUCACAUGACGGAUUCUUGGGCACUGAAAGCUCUUCGAAAAGCAAACAAGUAA